UCUGACAGUUCUCAAAACAAAGCGACACUCAACCCACCAAGGACGUCACAUGAGUGACUCACUCACCGAGACCUGUCAUGUGAUUAUUAUUUUCUACUUCAGAUCAAUCGAUUUUGCAAGUCGCCAGCAAUCAUGGGCGCGUCCGCUUUACCGAUCAUUAUUUUCUCGGCGAUUUUCGGCGUGGUUGGCAUCGUCCUGCCGAUCAUCGCUCCGAAGGGACCCAACCGAGGAAUUGUCCAGUGCGUCCUGAUCCUGACUGCGGCCACCUGCUGGUUGUUCUGGCUCUGCUGUUAUAUGGCUCAGAUGAAUCCGCUGAUUGGCCCUAAGCUACAUCAGAACACAAUCCUGAUCAUGGCACGCGAAUGGGGCAAUCCCCUUCCCGAUAUGGAUAACUACCAUCCCGAACCGCACAGUGUGGCCGAACACUAAGAUGGGGGGUUUCGUCCUGGUGCACAGGGAUUCCACACAUUCCCCGUUUCAUUAAGCAUGAAAGUAACAUCAAUACAGUUCUAGGUCUGAGAAUCGACCUGCCCUUUUCAAAGUUCAAUCAAGGAAAGAACCAAUCCUCCCGUACAGUGGUGACGCAAAAGCAUUUGGCGUUGCGGAACCGAACACCAGUCCGCUCGGUUCGAUGACUCAUUCUCAUCAAACGUAUGCUAAUGUUGAAUGCUUGAGUAGUAUUAAUAGUUAAGAAAUUUCCUGUCGCGAUAAAAAAAAAACAAAAUAUAUCUAUUUGUAACUCGAUUGAUAAUCAAAGUAAUGGAAUCACGCAUAUUUUGCAGGGCAAAGCCAUUUGGGCUGGGCGAUUAUGGCUUAUCGAGAACACUCACACAAAAAAGUAGAAACAAUUUCUCAUCACACACAUAUGGUUGCGUAGAAAAUUGAAGAAAGGAUCAGAUGUACUUUUUUCCAGCCAAACAUUCAUUAUUAUAGUAACACACACACAAAAAAAAGUUGCAACAAAACAGACACACGAACAAUAUUAUGCUAAACAUAAAUUACUUAUCAUGAGAGUACCGCAUAAACACAUAUGUUGAAUGCUCAGCAGUAGUGAAGUCAAUAAAACGUAUGCCAAUAGAUGAAAUCAUAUUUUAACAGCA